AUGAUGGCAUGGGGAUUUAACGCUACCGCCGAACAAACAAGAAGGUCUCUUAAGAUACAAGACUGGCCAUGGGUGGACAAAGUUCAAGUGUUCUUUGUGGUUAUAGCUGUCUUGAUGUCUCUUUUUUCGUUAUUUUUUCUUCUUGUUGGUUUUUCUGCUACAGGUGCAACAAGAGAAGAGAUGUAUAAACGUAAAGAAGCGAAAUGCGGUGGAAGAUUUGCCUGUGUAGUGGCCAUGUUGUUUUGUUUAAUAUGUUGGCUAUUCAUAAUUUCUAUUGUCUCAAUAUUCUGCGGUUCCUAUUUUAUUUUCGAUGAUCUCUGUCUUGACAUGUCGACAUUCACAGAAGAGAACUGCAUCAAUUUCGAAGUCUUCGCACCUUUAGUUAGGAGCUUUUCAAGUGAUCUACGUCUUUGUGGGGGUGAUGCUCAGCAGUUUUGUGCUUUCUCUGCUACUGCUCGUUCCUGGUAUAUCGUAGGAUGGGUUGGAUCAUGUUUUGUCAUAAUAGGAUUGUCAUCUUUCUUAGCUGUCCUAGCAGCGAACUAUGCUCACGUUGGAAAUGUCGGCAGGUAUGUAAAAAAAGGCAUUAAAGCUAAUUUAGACUUUGUGAUAUUCAUUCCUUUCCUUGAAAAAUUUCAUUCUUCCAGGCAACGGCAAUAUGAUGGUUCCACAUCAACUAGUCGAUUGGCUGAAAAAAUGUCGAACUCCGUCAGUCAAUAUGCGUAUCUCCUUUUGAUCAUUUCAAAGCUUCUCCCUUGUUGUAUCACUAAUGAGGAAAUCACCAAAUCAGCAAAUCAGAGAAUCCCGGAAUUUUGA